AUGCAACUCAUCUGCGGCGCCCACAAACCGGCGACGGCUUCCCGCCAGCCAACAGAGACCUUCUCCGGCACCGUCCACAUGGACCCCAUCUUCACGGCCGACGAUGGAAGCUGCAUGGGCAACAACGUCUGCUUCACUCCCGGCGCGCGAACUUUCUGGCACACGCACGAGCGCGGCCAGAUUUUGACUGUGACGAUCGGGAGUGGGUUGAUCUGUUCCAAGGGUGAAGAACCGAGAAAGUUGAUGGUGGGAGACGUCGUGCAUAUUGCUGCGGGAGAGACGCAUUGGCAUGGGGCUGGUGAGGGCACCUUGAUGGCCCACAUGGCGGUUAGUCUGGGAAAAACCAGCUGGCAUGAGGAGGUGCCGCAGGAGGUAUAUGACAAGGCAAACCAAAGCGCCCAGUAG